AGUGGUUGCGGUACUGGAAUGGUUUUGCCUUCGUUCAUCCGGUUCUCCUUAAGAAGAAGCUUGUUCACAAGCGCCUCAUUAAUUUUUAUUUUAUUCUUUAAGGUUGAUGGAAAGCGUUACGAAACAGAUUGUACCUGGAAUCUGAGCAAAGGGGUUUGCAAACUUCUUCAGCGUCACUUAUUAUUGGAACCACAGAAUCCUUUAUCGUUGGUAAAGAGAAGAAUAAUCGAUCACAUCCACCAAACAUACAGGAACUCGCCCAUAUUCACUGUCUGUGAGAAGGAACCACGAAUUGUGUCAACGUUUGAAAAUUUUGACUCGCUCCUGGUUCCAGAAGAUCAUGUAUCGAGGAGGCCGUCGGACACUUACUAUGUCAAUAGAUUGCACUGUCUCCGAGCACAUACCUCUGCUCAUCAAUACGAACUGCUGAAGCAGGGUCUCGAUGCUUUCAUAGUCGUAGGAGACGUAUAUCGUCGUGAUGAAAUCGAUCGUACUCAUUACCCCUGUUUUCAUCAGCUCGAAGGGGUUCGGCUAUUUUCACCGCACCAACUGUUCAUUUGUUCACCUGGAAAAGAGUUGCCUGUCUUGGAAAAUACCGAAAGGACACCAAAUAAACAAGAGAAACACACCGAAGACGCUGCCAGAGCCCUUGAAAUCCAACUGAAAAGCACUUUAGAGGUAAGAAAUUCUUCCAACCUUUGUGGAGACCUUAGUGAUGCUCUUUUUGGCAGAGAUUGUGAAAAGCGAUGGGUGAGCGCGUACUUUCCUUUCACACAUCCUUCGUUUGAACUAGAGGUAUUUUAUGAAGGCAAGUGGCUGGAAGUUCUUGGUUGUGGUAUUAUGGAGCAACGUUUAUUGGAGUCUGCAGGAGCUGGCGAUAAAGUAGGAUGGGCAUUUGGUCUUGGUCUUGAACGCCUUGCGAUGAUUUUGUAUAGGAUUCCAGACAUUAGGCUGUUCUGGUCCACAGACUCCGGGUUUCUGUCACAGUUCAGCGGGAAGCUACCUACGGAUAAGAUUACCUACAAGCCAAUAUCAGCGCACCCCCAGGUUCUGUUCGAUAUGUCGUUCUUUCUACCAGAAGGCGUCGUUUAUAAUGAUAUGACGGCCAAUGUCUAUGACACCGUGAGAAACAUUGGUGGGGAUUUGGUGGAACAGGUAAUCCUUACUGAUGAGUACACCAAUAAGAAGAAUCGUAAAAGUCAAACUUAUCGGAUUGUCUACAGAAGCCAUUCAAAGGCUCUCACAAAGGAAGAAGUUAAUCUAAUUCAUAAACAAAUUACAGAUGAAUUAUCAGAGCUUUAUGGUGUUACUUUGAGAUAG